AUGAAAGAUCUUGGUGAACUUAAAUUCUUUCUGGGGAUUGAGUUCUCUAGAUCUCAGGAAGGAAUAGUUAUGUGCCAAAGGAAGUAUGCUCUAGAACUAGUUUCUGAACUAGGACUAGCAGGUGCAAAGCCAGCAGCAACACCCCUGGUGUUCAAUUACAAGAUCACAUCCAUUGAGUUUGAUAAGCAAAUAUCAGAUGUUAGAUCUACAGUUGAUAAGGAACUUGAAGACAAGGGAGGCUAUCAGGGACUAGUUGGAAGGUUGCUGUAUUUAACCAUGACAAGGCCCGACAUUACCUUUGUGGUUCAAGUGCUCAUAAGCAAAUCUCUGACUGCAUACUGUGAUUCUGAUUGGGGAGCUUGUGUAGAGUCAAGGAGAUCAGUGACAUGCUAUGCAGUAAAAUUUGGUGAAGCAAUGAUAUCAUGGAAGUAA